AUGGCCACACGCGGCUCGCAUUCGCUCUUAUGGCGCGCCCUCGCCGCUUUGCUGCUGGCGGCCGAGCUGAGUGCAGCGUCAUUCAGUCUCACGCCGCACGCUGACUACAGGAGGAAGUUAUCGUGGGCGCAAGCGAGGAGGUUUAUCAAGGAGACGCAGGAGCAGCUCAGCGCCGACCUCCUACACCAGAUGGAGGAGGCGACGCGGGCAGAGUACAGGGAGGUGCCACACCCGAUCGCACACACGUCGCAGCUUCUCCACGAGGGCAUCGACUGCUCGACGAUAACCUCGGACCUCCACCCGAACAACCUCAAGGGCGACGUGCAGCUCCGACCCGCCUGGAUCCUCGACUCGCGCUUCAUCGGCGCCUGCCCGACGCGCUUCGUGAGUCGCGAGCUCCCGCCUAAGUACUUCCCGCCGGUGGUCCUGGAGGCGCAGUGUGUAUGCGGCGGCUCACACUGCUCGCAGGAGGGCCACCAGUGCGAGCCCGUGUCGCGGCAGGUGCCCGUCUGGGUGCGCCGCGGCCCCUCCUUCCACGUGCUGGACGUCAUGGAGGUGACGGUGGCGUGCAUCUGCGCGCGGAGACGCAGCUACCGGGCCAACAACCUCAUCAUGGCGGCCAUCCAGAAUUAAGGAGGCGGCUGCGCCUCGCGACGGUGUUGGUCAUUUGCACAGGGAGGGUUCGGGCGAAGGCGGCACGGCGGGCGUUGGGCGAGGGAUCGCCUCCCGGCUGAGGCUUCGCACUUGUCGGCGUGAAAAAGGGUGCGCGUGUUGUGAGGCGACAGCGAUCUUGACGCUGAAGGAAAAAAGUCUUAGACGGCUCGUGCCAAAGUCACGGCGUCAUGCAAAACCGCUGACCGCUGCUGUGAAAUCCGAGUUUAUUGGUUUAGUCGGCACGAAUCAUGUGUCGGUAUUCCAUGAAUUACAUGACAUCGGGCUGUGGCGAGUCCAUUAACUGUUCAUAUCCAAAAUAAUUUUGGAAAUAUACUACACUUUCAAUUAUUUAUGAUAAUCAAUGCUGGUCAUUUUAAUGGCGUAUAUUCCAGAGUGUUUUAUAGUAUACCAUUUCUUAAUUUUCAGUAAACUGUUUAACACUUAAAAGGUGGCAAUGAGAUGCCUUCUGCUUCUUAAGAGAUUAGCUAAUAAACUAUAAGUAUUUGCAUUUG